AUGGCGGAAUCACCCAGUACUGGCACCGCCGCUGGCACUGGCCAGCCCAAGGCCCCGAAGCCACCCAACCCGGUGUUCAAAAUGAUGGGUCUGCCGAAUCUCCGCUUCAAGCUGCCGUCUCGUAACUGGUUAAUCUUCUUCACCAUUACCGGAUCCUUCGCUGGUGCCAUAAUCUACGACCGCCGGGAGAAGCGCCGCUCCCAACAGAAAUGGUGUGAGCUCGUGGCUCAUAUCGCAAACGAGCCACUGGCUGUGGAGCAAAUGCGCCGCAAAUUGACCGUCUACCUGGCUGCGCCGCCUGGCGAUGGUCUUCGCGUGGCAAGGGAGCAUUUCAAGGAAUAUGUCAAGCCCAUCCUGACCGCCGCGGCGUUGGACUACACGGUGGUUGAAGGGCGACGUGAAGGUGACGUGCGGGCUAGCACGGCGGAGAUCAUCCGGAAGUCGAGGCGAAAGGCUGGUGAGCAGUCUUCCGUCGUCGAAGAGCCUAGUGUUGAGUCAGCUGUUUUGGAGAUGCGACAGCGCAUCGGUAUUCAAGACGAGCCCGGUCCCAAGGGUGACCUGGUGAUCGGCCGGCAUACCUGGAAGGAGUACGUUCGAGGCUUGCAUGAGGGCUGGCUUGGACCAUUGGAUCCUCCAUCUCCGCCCCCUGCGGAUGUCCUACCUGUGGAGGAGACAAUGAAGGAUACCGCAGACGGCGACCAGCCCCAACCCCAGCCCUCCGGCGCGGACGGCAGUCAGGUUAGCUCUGAGCAGACGACGGGCAGCGAGAAGGAGGAGAAGGAGGAGAAGAAGGAUGAGAAGAAGGAGGAGCAGCCUUCGAAGCCAGCCGCCUCCCUCUCCUCUCUGCCUCAGUCCUUCGACAACUCCGUGCCUAUCGAAUUCCCUCACAUUCUCGGCUUCCUGAACACCCCGAUCCGCCUCUACCGCUAUCUCAAUCAACGGCACCUUGCCGAGAACAUCGGCCGCGAAGUCGCAGGACUUGUCCUUGCCGCCAACUCCAGACCGUACCACGACGAGUCCUUCAGCUCCGAUUCCGAAUUGAGCGGCGCAAGCGUCGACUCAACGCCGUCGCCUGACAGCUCCUUCGCCGACCUUGCACGCGGUAACUUUGAGCAGCAAACUGCUCUCGAAGUCGAAGAGAAGUCGUGGCACAAGUCUGUGCGUACGCGCGACGAGGAAGAUAACAAGGAACGCGAGUGGUUGGACGACACCGUGCUUGAUCCCCGCAUUGCCUCGCGUAUGCAGCGUGCUAUCCUCUCUCCAGAAGACGAGGCCCGCGUCCAGCGUAUUGCUUCGCAAGAGGAGUAUAUCCUCGGCCAAGAGCGGCCGCAUCCCGUUGCUUUCUGGAAGCGCAUGUGGAUCCGUCACGGAUACGGUGAGGACGAGGAGACUCUGAAGAAGAAGCCUAUCCUUGGCAAUAUAGAUGGCGAGGAUGGUGCGUAA